UGAUACAAUACAUUUAUCUAUGACAGUACAGAGAGGUUAACAAUUUUUCCCACAUUUCCUUGAUUGUCAAAAAAUAUUACUCAAUAGGCGCCUGUUUUGGGCCCCUUUAUUGUAAUUUAAAGGCAAAAGCAUCGACAAUGUUUGCCUCGCGAACUGUGCUAUUAAGCCUUGGUAAAAAUGCGCAAUGCCUCUCUCUUAGGAAUCGAAUUGCCGAGGUUUUACAGCGAGCAAUGGCCCCAAAACGGCCUCUAGCUAGUCUGGCAAACAGUCAGUUUCUUCUGAAACGCCCUGCCACCCCCAACUGCAGCCCCAUUAGAUGCUAUGCCAAAGGCAAGGACAAGAAGAAGGAGAAAGGAAAAACCAAAGUGACGGUCAAUGAGAAUCAACUGGCCGAAGUGAUUAAUGUUGGGAGCUUAAAGAGCCUCAUGGAAAAGGCUCUGCUUCAAAUGGAAGAGGAUUUUGUCAAGCAUUUGUCAUUAAGGUCCACUACUGGAGCCAUUGAGUCAGUGCCAGUCAAUCUGGAUGGAAAUGAACAUACGAUGCAAGAAUUGGCGCAAAUAGUGCGGAAAAAUCCCAAAACUAUUGUUAUGAACUUUGCGACGUUUCCGCAAGCUAUUCCUGCCGCUUUGAAGGCUUUGUCGAAGUCUGGAAUGAAUCUGAACCCCCAGCAGGAUGGAACGACACUUUUUAUACCUGUUCCCAAAGUAACGAAGGAGCACAGAGAGCAGCUAGCCAAGAACGCCAAACAAUUGUUUGUAAAGUGCAAAGACUCCGUUCGAGAUGUUCAAUUGAAAUUUAUAAAACAGCUGAAAAAACAAGACCGGAUCUCUGAAGACUUAGCGCGGAGUGUGGAGCAACAGAUAAUAGCGAUAGCCGACCAGUUUAUUGCCAAUGCAGAAGCCACGUUGAAUAAAAAGCAGGCCGAAUUAUUAGGCGAGAAGUGAAAAUAGUUUAGAUGAAUUGUCAGGUACCAAUAAAAGUCGUUGUUGAAAUAAAAUCCA